GAACUAUCAUUUUUUUUUUUUUAACAAAAGCCCAAAUCCCAUCGCAACAUCACAAUAAAGAAACCCAUUGGAGUUUUGCUAGUUAUGGCAAUGCUAAAUUCAUUUGGAAGCGGUGUGCGAAUUUCACAAGAAUGGCUACAAGUCGAUAUGCUUUUAGUUCGUGGAAGAAGAAAAAGAAUUAUUGAAGGCUCUGAACAAGAUCAAAUGAGAAAAGAGAAGAAAAAGAUUAAAAAUAGAGCAUCUGCUGCUAGAUCUCGACAAAAGAAAAUCGAGAAGACAAAAUUUAUGGAAGAGCAAGUUGACGAAUUGAGAAAAGAGAAUACUCAAAUGGAGAGAUUAAUUAAAUUAAUGAUGGAGGAAGAGGAGGAGAAGGCUGAGGAGACUGCCAAUAGGCCUUCAAGUCUGAAAAGGACCUUCAGUACACCGUGGUGAUCAUGUUUUUCCAUCAAAUGGCUAAUAAAUAUAAUUUAUAUUGUGAAACUUUUUCCUUUUAUGGUGAACUAAAGUUCAUAUGUAAAAUUUAUAUUGAAACCGUUUUCUUUAAAGAUUGGCUACAAAGUACUAUUGUC